AUGGCGCUGCGGAGGUUCGGCAACGGCCGCGUGUGGAUGGUUACGUGCAGCAUGGUGAAGUUGUCUGGUGUCGUGGUGGCGUCGACGCCAGGCCAGGCAAGGUCGACGGUGUUUGACAUGGAAUAUGGGAGUGCCACCCUGGAGGACAUUGCAGAAUAUGACACGGUGAUCAGUCAAAUUUUUGGCAGCGAGGAAGAAGGUUACAAUUACUAUAAUGCAUAUGCUCGGUCAAAGGGUUUUGGUGUUAGAAAGGAAGAACUGACUAGGAAGUCGGACACGAACAUAGCUUUUCGGCGCCUCUAUGUCUGCUCUAAAGAAGGAUAUCGGGCGAGGAAGCACUUUGAGAAAACUAAACGGGUGCGAACUCCUAGGCCGCUGUCACGUUGUGGAUGUGGCGCUCGGAUGGAGAUCGAGCUUCGUAUGGAUAAUGGUGAAUGGUUUGUAAAAGAUUUUUUGGACGAACAUAACCAUCCACUCGCUAAGCCUGAGCAGACAACUUACAUAAGGUCACAUCGUGGGCUGAGUGACGUGCAAAAGGCUGAUGUCAUUGAGUAUGGAAUUGGUGGCCUUCGAACACAUCAAAUAAUGGAAGUAAUGGAGAAGGAUAGUGGUGGUUUCAGCAAGGUAGGCUUUAUACCUCGGGACCUGUAUAAUUUUGUUGCCAAGUACAAGAAGGAAAGGAUAGAAGGCCACGCACAAUCUCGGAUUGACUAUGAUGCCUUUGGUGGCGUCGUGAUCUUUGAUAGCACUUACCGUGUGAACAAAUACAACCUGCCAUUUGUCCCCUUCAUAGGAGUGAAUCACCAUCGCAGCACGACCGUGUUUGGCUUCGGUAUUGUCUCAGCUGAGACCGAGGCAUCUUUUGUGUGGUUGCUUGAAGCAUUUUUGGAGUCAACUCAGCAGAAACAUCCUAGAUCAGUAAUCACAGAUGGUGACCAUGCAAUGGCGAAGGCAACAGCGGCGGUUUUUCCCAAUACAGAUCACCGGUUGUGCAGCUGGCACAUCGAGCAAAACAUGAUACGACACCUACGGAAGCAAAAGCUCAAGGAUUUUAGGAAAUUUGUUUAUCACAUCUGGGAUGUCGAUGAGUUUGAGAGACGUUGGGUUGAGUUUAUGGUGGAUUAUGAUAUCUCUGAAAAAGAUGCUUGGAUUAUGACGAUGUACGAGCUGAGGAAGAAGUGGUCUAGGGCCUAUACGAAAGCUGAUCCACUUGAGAGAAGUGCUGCUCUCAUUUAUACUCCAGUGAUGUUCAAGAAGUUGCUCGCAAAGAGAGUAGGCAUGUGA